CCUCAGUUGACAGCCCCCCAGGGCCCCCCGUUCCUCCGCUCGUUUCGACAUUUUCUCACUGAAACUGCACGGGAUCGGCUUCCUGGUUGAUUGACCUGUGCUUUGACCUUCGCUUGACUUGUCUCUUCGACUUUUGGAGAAUUGGAAUCCCCUUUCUCCGCGGUCCCGCGCCACCACCAACCCACCUUCCUGCGCUCUUGUCCUUUCACCAUCCCACAACGUUUGUGCAUUUAGGUUCUUACGGCCUCUCAUUUCCCGAUCGCCAUGCCGUCUGCUACGGCGUCUGGCUCCGAUGCCAAAGGCGGGGCUGCGCGGUCGCGCGAACACAACCAGGGCAACCAAGAUCGCACAUACACCCCCGAGCAGAAGGCCGCGGUCCUACGAAUCCGAAAAUGCGGGCCAACCGAUUUCUACGAGAUCCUUGCGGUUCAGAAGACUGCCACGGAUGGCGAGAUCAAGAAAGCCUACCGCAAAUUGAGUCUGUUGACACACCCGGAUAAGAAUGCAUAUGAUGGCGCAGACGAGGCUUUCAAAAUGGUUUCGCGUGCUUUCCAGAUCCUCUCUGACUCCGAUAAGAAGUCCCGAUAUGACAAGUUUGGAGGAGACCCCGAUAGCAGAUUCAACCCCGGACCAAGCGCCUCUAGUGGUGGUUCUCCAUUCAGUGGCGGUGGAUUCCCACGCUCCGCAGGGGGCGGCCAGGGCUUCGAUGCUGAGAUCUCACCAGAAGAGAUGUUCAACCGGUUCUUUAAUGGCGGGUUUGGAGGCAUGGGUGGGGGUGGUUUCGGUCCAUUUGCGGGGCCCCAAUUCGUUUUUAACAUGGGAGGCGGCCCCGGUUUCCGCGUACACCAGUUCGGAGGCGGCGUGCCGCGCCGCAGACCUCGCGCAGCCGCCAAUAACGAGUCGGAGCCAGCCGUUGACGGUUGGGGCUUUGUUCGUCAACUACUGCCUCUCAUCCUUCUUUUCGUCCUUCCGCUCCUAUCAUCCCUUCUAUCUGGCUCUUCCAGUCCAGCUGGUCCUUCCUACCGAGUCGAUACCCCUCAAAGCCCCUACACCAUGGGUCGGACAACACCCAGGCUCAAUCUCAAUUACUUCGUAAAUCCAUUGGAAGUGGAGGAUUUCAGCGCACGGAAAUUCCGACAACUUGACCAGCGUGUGGAGGUGGAUUAUAUCGCGAAGAUUCAGUACGACUGCGAGUCUGAGCAACAUAUGCAGGAGCGAAAGAUUCAAGACGCACAAGGCUGGUUUUUCCCGGAUAUUGAGAAGAUGAAGGAGGCGCGAGCAAUGGAGCUCAAGGCCUGUCGCAGGUUGGAACAUCUCAAACGCAAAUAUAGAGCUAGUUGACAAGCCUGUGUCACUGGGAGUCUCGCUCUAGGGUCUCACCAUUCUGUUCCUCGUUCUCCAGAGCUAUAGCACGAAGGAUGGCGUCUAUUGGGUUUUUGUUCGUCUUUGAUUUGUCACCCUGUAUAGUGUGUUUGAAUUGCAUACAGCCUUGAUGUAUACUCUCUGCCCGAGCUUGUUGGAGUUAGCUACGCUUGAAUGGACUAGCUAGAUUUGGUUUCCUUGAUUGUAUCCUGGAACUCCUGUCUGAUAUCGUCAAUGAUCAAGACAAGGAGUACAAAAUAAAGGUUUUGUUAGUGUG